AUGGACGGCUCCCUCCUCCUCCUCCGAGACCCAGCGGGGAGAGUCCGCUCCCCCUCCUCCGCUCCUGCCAACUCGUCCGCGGGCGCGGACGUGAUGGGCUCCAGCAAGCCGCUCGCCUUCUCGAUCGAACGGAUCAUGGCCCGGACGCCCGAACCCAAGUCGAUACCCUUCCCGCACUUGUUCCAGGCGGCGGCUCCCGCGGGGAAGGCCGACCCGAGGCAGCUGCUCAACCUGAGCCCGUCCUGCCUGCACUGCAUGAUCCCGUUUGUCCCGCUGACCUACGAGCCGGGUCACAAGCCGAGCGUCCACGGGCGGGACGCCGUUCACUUCGACGCCUCGUCGCGGCCCAGCGACUCGCUGGGCGCCGGGUUCGGCUAUAAGAGCGACCAGUCCGACCUUCACCAAACGGCGGGGCAGUACAAGCUCUUCCGGCCCCGGGUGGUCAACCAGUCCCCCUUCCCCCCCGUGGGGGCCGUCUGCUACCUGAACUGCGGGGACGGCGCCUGCCCCGCCCCGGCGGGCAUCGUCAACCUGCACCCGAUGGCCUCCUACCUGCUCAACGCCCCGCUGCAGCACGCGCGGCACCGAGCCCUUCUGACGGACAAAAGCAAAGCGGCUCAGGGUUCGGACCGCUACCCGUCCGGACAGACGCAGCUGAACUACAGCAAGGAGGCGGCGCACCUCCUGUCCGAGAAGCUCUUCAAGGGCUCGGCCAAGCUCAGCGCUCCGUGUCCCGCGGCCAAGGCCAAAGUCUUCACCUGUGAGGUGUGCGGCAAGGUGUUCAACGCCCAUUACAACCUGACGCGCCACAUGCCCGUGCACACCGGGGCGCGCCCCUUCGUCUGCAAGGUGUGCGGCAAAGGGUUCCGCCAAGCCAGCACGCUGUGCCGCCACAAGAUCAUCCACACCCAGGAGAAGCCGCACCGGUGCCAGCAGUGCGGGAAGGCCUUCAACCGCAGCUCCACGCUCAACACGCACACGCGCAUCCACGCCGGGUACAAGCCGUUCGUGUGCGAGUUCUGCGGGAAGGGGUUCCACCAGAAAGGUAAUUACAAGAACCACAAGCUGACGCACAGCGGGGAGAAGCAGUUUAAGUGCAACAUCUGCAGCAAGGCGUUCCACCAGAUCUACAACCUCACCUUCCACAUGCACACGCACAACGACAAGAAGCCCUUCACCUGCCCCACCUGCGGCAAGGGCUUCUGCCGGAACUUCGACCUCAAAAAACACGUCCGCAAGCUGCACGACCCGCCGAGCUCGCCGCUGCCGCCGCUGCCGCAGCGGGGCGGCGGCGGCGACGCGCGCUGA